UUUUUUUUAUAUUUAAAUAAAAUAUUAUGAAUAGAGGCAAUAUUAUCCAGCAGUAGUAAAAAUCUUUGUACGGGUAGUCAAUGCGAUCAAACAAAGUCUGUUGGUAAAGAACCGACUGACAUGAAAGCAACAACUUCACCAUCCGAUGAUUACAUGGAAAAGCGCUUGAAAGCAUUUGCAUUGCUCGAAGGACGUGAAAUUAACCUAAAAAGUCUUCCUUCAAAUCAUCCUGAUUUAACUACUUCAUCUAAUAAUAUCGGUAGUGAUUAUUACAAUAUGAAAGACUACUCAUAA